UUAAACAGAAGAGUUCAACUUCAAACUACAAAAGCAUUUCGGUGCGUGCUGUGCAGAUCAGAGAGAAAGCGAUGGGAGUGUUCACAUUUGUUCUCCGCAAAUCCGGCAAGGAAUGGAAGGCUAAGCAGUUUUCCGGCGACAUUCAGGAAUCGUCUCCGUCGACCUUCGAGAUCCAAAGGAAGCUCGUUAAGGCUGUUCAAGCCACAGAUUCCUCCGGUGCAGUUCGGACCUCUUACUCUCUUGUUUCCCCUUCAUCUGCCGUUUUUCAGGUCAUUGUGGGUGGAGCAGUCAUUAUUGGAGGUGGUGUAGCUGCUGCUCCUGCAGGAGGUGCUGCCCCAGCCAGUAACGCUGCCCCCGCUGCAGCGAAGAAAGAAGAAAAAGUUGAGGAAGAAGAGGAGGAUGAUGAUUUGGGGUUGUCACUCUUUGACUAGAGGUUUUCCAGUUCUUUGAUUUUUAUGGAAGCAUCUUUAUUUUUUUGUUGGAGUCAUGUAUUGGUUUGCAUUAGAUUAACAUAAACUCUUAGAACCGAGCCAAUAAAAAUACUAAUUUAAUGGUUUACUAUGCCAAAUCAAUUUUUUUGGUUGGAGUCAUGUAUUCGUUAGCGGCCUCUACUUAGCCGUUAG